AUGUUCACGGGACGGUGGGUGAAGGACGCAUCUUACCCACUCUACGAUCCCUCCACGUGUCCUUUCAUACGACGCGAGUUUGCUUGCAAGAAAAAUGGACGGCCCGAUCUGGAUUACUCUUCCUUCAGAUGGCAACCUCAACACUGCAAAUUAGCAAGGUUCAAUGGAGUGAAGUUUUUGGAGGAAAACAAAGGGAAGAAGAUAAUGUUUGUUGGUGAUUCACUUAGCCUAAAUCAAUGGCAAUCUUUGACAUGUAUGCUUCACUCUUCUGUUCCCAAUUCUCCUUAUAAUUUAACCACACAAGGCACUAUCACAACCUUCACAUUCGAGGAGUAUGGACUGGAAUUGAAACUUGAUAGGAAUGUGUAUUUGGUAGACAUAGUGAGGGAGAAGAUUGGGAGAGUAUUGAAGCUUGAUUCGAUCAAUGAUGGAAAAAAUUGGUCAGAAAUGGAUACAUUGAUUUUCAAUACUUGGCAUUGGUGGAGCCGUAGAGGUCCUUCACAACCAUGGGAUUUUAUUCAAAUAGGGAGUAACGUUACAAAGGACAUGGACCGUAUGGAAGCGUUCGAAAUCGCGCUUGAGACUUGGGGCAAAUGGGUCGAUACCGUGGUAGAUACUCAGAAAACUAGAGUGUUUUUCCAAGGAAUUUCACCUUCUCAUUACAAGGGAGCUCUAUGGGGUGAACCAACGGCAAAGAGUUGCUUUGGGCAGAAGGAACCACUUUUAGGAACAAAUUAUCCAGGAGGGUUGCCAACAGAAGUAGGAGUUUUGAAGAGAGCACUCGGGAAAAUAUCGAAACCGGUUACAUUGCUCGACAUUACGAUGCUUUCAUUGCUUCGCAAAGAUGGUCAUCCUUCGGCUUACGGUUUAGGCGGCCGAACCAGAAAUGAUUGCAGCCAUUGGUGUCUCUCAGGCGUACCGGAUACUUGGAAUGAGAUUCUUUACAAUUAUAUGAUUUAA